GUUGCAGGUUUGUGAAUUCCGGUAUAUAUAAAUAGGGUUUAAAGAAAAGGAGAGAAAAAAGAUUAAACUCACACUUCUUCCUCCACUCUCCCUUCCGCGCAGACCACCCAUUCUCUUCCCUCCUCAGUUACGCCAGCUGCCGGCCACAACCAGCAAGUCGCUACCUUCCUUCUUUCGUGCCGGAGUUGCUCGUCGCUGCCGUCGGAAUUUCCCGUUCACCUGUCGGUUACCGCCGUAUCUCACCGAAAAUUUAGUUUGGGAUGUCAUAGACGGACAACAAUCUUAAAGAAGAAAAUAUGGUGAUGACUCAGUAUGGCAUCAAAUAUGCCGUCCACAUUAUGACUGCACACUUCGGAAAUCUCGUCGCUAAAGUGUGUGAAACCCUGCUUCGAAAGGGACCUCUGACGCUGAGACUUCUUAUACGAUUCACAGAACUUACCCCAUCACAGGUCAACAACUCCCUUCUUAUUCUCAUCCAACAUAAUUGCGUCCAAGCCUUCACUGAUGUGACAGAAGGUGAGUUUGGAGACGCACCCAAGGAUGAUACACUAUACUUGGCAUUGUUUAGUAAUAUACUUCAUCGUAUGAGGUUUUCCAAAUUUGUGGCAAUUGCUUCCCAGAAGCUUGGGCAAGAUAAAAAUUGUCAAGAACUUCUCGAGGGUCUGCUACAGAAUGGUAGGCUUUCAAUGGAACAACUGGUUGAAAGAGCAGAGUCGAGUGGACGUGCAGGAAACCAUCCAAUUUCAGAUGUUGUACACGACAGUCUAUUUAAACUUUUGAAUGCCCAUUUUGUUGAACGCUGUCCAGCCCCAGAACCAACUCUUUCGCCCAAAGUUGAAGAACCUCCUCCUAGAAAAAGAGGUGCUAAGGCUGCCAAGAUAUCUGAGGUGCCAGAGACCUUAGAACAACGUCUUAUAGAAGCAGCACGUCCAGUGGAAGUUCUAAGAUUUUCAAUGGGUGAUACCAACCCAGAAGCUGAAAAGAGUGAACAUCACUCACAAAUUUCUGGACAGAAGCGCAAACACGACGAUCUAGAGAUUGCACAAGAUUCUGGAGAUGCAGAUGGUCCUAUUCUUUGGCGUGCCAACUACGACGAGUUUAUAAGAUGUCUUAGACAUAAGGCUUGCAUUGAACAUGUUAGAUCACAGUUCGAUGAUGGAGUGGUAAAUGUCUUGAGUGCCAUUUUGGAGGCUACUCGAAGUUCUGAAAAAAUCGUGAAAACAGAGAUAACAGUUCCUUUAUCAUUAGAUAACAUAUAUGAGGAGGUAAUGAAGAAUGAAGUAGGACGGAGUAUGACCUUAGAUCGGGUUGAAGCUUCCCUUGCUGCAUUGGGUUGUCCGGGGAUGGAUGAUUAUAAAAUCAAUUUACGGAGGAUAAUCGAACAAGCUCAAACUGAUGAGGUUGAAUCAAUUGUUUUGAAAAGAUAUGGAAGGGAUGCUUACAGAAUGUUCAGAUUUCUGUCGAAAACUGGUGGCUUGGUUGAGACAGAAAAGAUUUCCGAUAGUUCGUUUGUUGAUAAGAAUGAGGCACCUAAAAUUUUAUAUAGGUUGUGGAAGGACGAGUACCUAUACAUGGAGAAAGUAGCUCUAACAGUACCUAGACAUUCACUAUGCUUGUUGUGGAGAGUAGACAGAUAUAACUUAUGGGAACAUGUUCUGGAUGAGAUGUAUCAUGCUUCAUUGAACUUGCAGCUACGACUGGCUCAUGAGAUCGAAGAAAACAAAGAGCUUCUGAGUCUUCCAAAAGAUAACAACAACAAACCCCUCGUGAAAAAAAUGCAUCAUUUUGAGAAUGUCAGAAACCUCCUGCGGUCAUCACUGGUGAAGCUCGACGACGCUCUAAUGCUUUUCCAUGACUUCUGAAUUUGAAAUUUCAGAUCAGUAGCUCAUUGAGGAGUGUAUUAUAUGGAGGAAACUUCUUUCAAACUUGAGAACAAAAAUUGUGUUUUCUUCUUUCUAUUGGAAUACAUGAAUUUCACUGUCCUUAUAAAUAUUAUUUUUUUAAUAAUAUAUAUAUAUAUAUAUAUUUUAGUUACCACAUCAUUGAGAGACUUGUCAAUCACAAUAGAGCUAAGGUUUUAGUUUUAGGGGUUUACAUGGAGGUAUUUUUUUCCUCAUAAAUGGUUUGUACUCUUGACAUUUUCUAUUUGAAUUGAAAGAAAAUUGUAUCAUUUGCUUCUUGAAAAA